CGUCAUCCCUAUACCCUUCGAUGUUGUAUAUUUUCGUGGCGCUGGUUUCUACAAUCUUGGACGACUCUCAUAAAUACUUGAGAAUCAUGAUGCCCGAAGGAAGUCUUGUUCAUCUCCAAAUUCAUCUUUACAGAUUCAUCUUUAAUCUGGACUUGGUCUCUUGGUACGGAAACUUUAGUUUCAAUUUCACCCCAAUCACCCCCAACACACAAAAAUGUCUUCCCCGACCGAGGUCUCCUUCCCAUCCUUCCACCUGAAGGUCUGCGGUGAGCUCCACGCUCCAGCAAACGACUCUCCAGACCGCAAGGGCGCCGCCGUGGUAGUCAGCCACCCGAUGACCGGCGUGAAAGAGCAAACCUCGACCGACUACGCCAAAGCCCUAUCCCAGGCCGGCUUCUACGCCCUCACCUUCGACGCCGGUUACCAAGGCCAAAGCACCGGCGAACCCCGCGGCCUCGAAGACCCCCACCAGCGCGUCGAAGACAUCAAAGCUGCCGUCAGCUACCUGACCACCCUGAAGGACAAGGUGGAUGUCUCGCGGAUCGGAAUGCUCGGCAUUUGCGCCUCGGGCGGCUAUGCCUCCUACGCAGCUCAGUCUGACUCUCGCAUCCGCGCCCUGGCUACUGUCAGUGCCGCCUGUGUCGGUCGCAUGACACGCAACGGAGGCGUGCAUGAGCAUAAUAAGGAGAAUGCCCAGGCUAUUGCCGGUGCCCUUCAGUACGCUGGCCAUUGGCGGACGGGCGUCGCUGCUGGCGAGCCCGGCGCGGCCCCGGCUAUGUUUGAUGCGUCGAAUGUGCCCGAUGAUGCGGAUUCGUUCUUCAAGGAUGCGGCCGCGUACUAUGGCACCAAAAGGGGAAAGCAUGAGCGCUCGACUCAGAAGGUGCCCCCCGUCAGCUACGAUAUGAUGGUUAGCUAUGAUUCGUUUAACUUCCAGCGGCUUAUCUCGCCCAGACCGCUGUUGAUGAUUGCUGGUAGUGAGGCACAGACGCUUCAUUACAGUAAGACUGCCGUCCAAGAUGCGAAGGAGCCCAAGGAACUUUUCGUCGUGAACGGCAAAAACCAUUUUGAUAUCUACGAUGAUUUGACCGAGACUAGUCCCAAGCUGGUUGAGUUCUUUGGGAAGAAUCUUCAGUGAAUUUACGGCUUGUUUUACGCAUGAUUGUUUGGUAUGAGGAUAUGAAACGUGUGAUGCCAUUUAAUCUAUAUAUAGUUAGUAAGACAAUGAAAAGGUUAGUCUUGGUCAAAAUGCGAUGACUUGACUGUUUAAAUGACGGAGAAACAUGAUAUGCUUUCCGCUCAAGCUCAAGUGCUACAUCCAGGAGGCUUACCGCUCGUAGACCGCGAUGAUCGGCUAACAGUACUGAUUUACCUCCGGUGCUGCACAUGGGGACGGCAAUGAUUGAGUCAAGCAUGCCUUAGAUAGAAGCACCGCUUGAGAUGAUACAUGUGCUUGAACUCAACCUCCCAACAAUAUACCCCCCGGGCUGGUGCAAGGGAAUAGUAGGUACCUGAUGGGAAAGAGGGACUUCCAAGAUUUGAGGCUCCGAAGAAUUUCCGAGGUAGACAAUACCAAACUCGCGUCCGUAAUAUCAUAGUGUAUCGACACCUAAACUUAGCAUAGUGAGGUAAAAAGCAC